UUCAUCAACGAUGACGGUAGACGCGCUGGAGACAGCUACAUUCACAAGAAAUACGAGCAACACGUAAAUCGAAAACCCCAAAGGUAUUCGUAAUAUCGGGAUACUUAUGGCACCGGCAAUCAGAUCGCAUGCUCCGGACGUUCUCGGAGGCACACGGCUCUCAGGCACGCGUGGUGCCUCGCCUCGGCAAAUCACCGCCCUCAGGCCGAACCGCCGCGCCCUGUGCAGCCACACUGCCAGAUGCUGCGCUUUUCCCCGCCUCCUCGUUCUCGCUGUGGCACUUCAAGCGGUCGCUCGCGUCGCCUCAGGCUCGCGCGUGCGUCGGCAAGAGGGGUUCUUCUGCAGCGGAGACAAGUUCGCCACGGGUCUCCUGCGGACCAUCAUCAGCGCCAACGUCGAAGUGAUCCGGAGGGCGGAGCCGAUUAAGCUCGGCGACGCCGACCACCUGGGCCUGCUGUGGCUGAGGAACGGUCGCGCGUACAACGUGCACACGGUGCGACCGUUCGGGCUCAUCGAGAGCGACUGCGACAGCGACGAUCUCUGGAUCAGGGUGGUGAUUCCGCUGGCGUUGGACGCGCCAGAGUUCCACUUCGACUGGGAGGCGCCCGGUGCCCUGAUGGGCGGCCUGUUCGUGCUCUCGUACGAGAAGAUGGCCGCCAACGUCACCAUCGAAGUUCCCAAGUUCAAGUUGCGCGGCCAGGCGCGCUCUCGCUUGAUCGAUUACCGGACGGUGGUGAGCCAGGGCCUGGCGUUCGGCAAGCCGGGCGUCACGGGGGGCUUCUCAGCGGUGCUGGCGACGCUCUUCACGACGCUCAAUUCUGUCUCCCCCAACGUGGUGGCCGACUUGCUCGACAUCCUGAUCUGCAGGCUGCUGCAGCGCUUCAUCCAGACUGUGUCUCUACCCUUCUAAGGGCGCCGUGCCUCUAGGCCUGCCCGUUUAGACAAUUUGUGGAGUGUCUUUUUCCUCGCGGCAUUUUACGCAUAACAAAUAAAGUUGUAUGUAUGUAUGUAUGUAUGUAUGUAUGUAUGUAUGUAUGUAUGUAUGUAUGUAUGUAUGUAUGUAUGUAUGUAUGUAUGUAUGU